UUCAUUUUUUUUUCGGCGAUGUGGAUUUACCUAAGUGUUUUAGCAGUGACCUUGGCCGUGCUAUGGGUACGCAAACGUUACUCGUAUUGGAAGGAGCGUGGCAUACCGUAUUCGGAACCAAGUUUUCCAGCCGGCAAUAUUCGUGGGAUGGGACGAACGGAGCAUUUAUCGACAAUGAUGCAGCGCUGUUACAAAGAUCUGAAGGGAAAAGGACCUAUCGGAGGAAUUUUCUUCUUCAUAAAUCCCGUUGCGCUGGCCAUGGACUUGGAUUUGAUUAAAAAUGUGCUAGUGAAAGAUUUUCAGUACUGCCAUGAUCGAUCACUGUACUACAAUGAGAAGGAUGAUCCUUUAUCGGCUCAUCUGCUUACUAUGGAGGGCACUAAGUGGAAAAAUUUGAGAGCCAAGUUGACGCCUACAUUCACCUCAGGAAAAAUGAAGAUGAUGUUCCCAACAAUCAUAACAGUGGCCGAAGAUUUUUCGAAACUAAUGAAAAGUGAUGCGUCGAAAAAUAGGGAAAUCGAAAUGAAGGAGAUUCUUGCUCGGUUCACGACUGAUGUGAUCGGAAAUUGCGCCUUUGGAUUAGAAUGCAACAGUCUCCAUGACCCCGAAGCUGAGUUUAGACGCAUGGGACGAAAAAUAUUUGCAGUUCCUAAAGGUCGACUCCUUAAAUUUUUUAUUGCCCAACAGUUCCGUUCAGUGGCUCGGUCACUUGGAAUUAGGUUAACUGAUAAAGAUGUGUCUGACUUUUUCUUGGGUGCUGUUAAAGAUACAGUCAAGUAUCGAGAAGAGAACAAAAUUGAAAGGAAUGAUUUUAUGAGUCUACUGCUGAAACUGAAAAAUGCAGAACCAUUAGAAGAUGGCAAUGCGCACAACAUCGACCCUAUGUCUGUAGAGGAAAUCGCUGCACAAGCUUUUGUAUUCUUCGCGGCUGGCUUCGAAACAUCAUCGACAGCAAUGUCCUACUGCUUGUUCGAAUUGGCGCAAAACAUCGACCUUCAAAACAAGGCGCGGAAAUGCGUUACAGAUGCUAUCAAAAAGCAUGGUUCAAUGACAUACGAGGCCACCCAGGACAUGUCGUAUAUUGAUCAGUGUAUCAACGAAUCCCUUCGCAAAUACCCUCCUCUUUCCAACCUGAUAAGAGCGGUUUCCAUGGACUACAAACUGCCCAACAGCGACGUUGUGCUCCAACAAGGUUCCACGCUUAUCGUACCGGUAUAUGCCAUACAUCACGAUCCCGAGUACUACCCCGAUCCAGAACGGUACGACCCGGAGCGCUUCGCACCGGACCAGGUGGCCAAACGAAAUCCGUACACUUUCCUGCCGUUCGGUGAAGGUCCUCGAAUAUGCAUUGGCAUGCGGUUCGGGAUGAUGCAAGCUCGAGUCGGUUUGGCAUAUUUGUUGAAGGAUUUCAAGUUUACGCUGUCCAACAAGACACCGGUUCCGUUGAAAAUCUCUCCACGCACCCCAAUUUACACAUCGGAAGGUGGACUGUGGAUGAAGGUGGAGCAGCUUUAAGGUCGUUGGCGAGG